AUGGGUCGUUUUACCCACGGGCCUUUCAACCCGCGGGUAAAUAUAGUGGGACUGCCCGUGGGUAAUUCGGGUUUACCCAAACUACCCACGGGUAGUUUUGGGUACUACCCAUACGGGUACCCGCGGGUAUUACCCAACCCUAGAAUUGAUGCACUUUGGAAAUAUCCGACUAUUGGGACUGACUUUACAUACCCGCUGUCCUGGAACAAAGUGCCCGAGAAUAUCCUAGUCGCGGUCCUAGCAAUUUUUACCUUCUUGCGUAAGCCUGUGCAAGCCCCGUCUCCACAAUGCCUUCAGGAGCAUGGCAUCAGAGGCGUCAAUGGCCCCAUGACAGAUCCGGGUGUAAUGUGGAUUACCCCUGAUAUGCCAGGUGCCAGUAUCGCAGUUCAUCCAGUCCCGAGCAACGCUAACCAAGUCGGGCCCAUCGUUUUGGACGUUGCGCCGGCAGUUGAGCAGCACUACGAGAUUACCCAAUGGCUUAAAAAGGCGCCAACGGUGUAUGUCAAUUUAGGAAGCCUAUUCAAAUACGAUGAAGAACGGGCAAAUAUCAUGGCUCAAGCUCUGAAAAGUCUAUUAGAUAGUACUUCAGUACAGGUUCUUUGGAAAAUGGGCGAGAUUGACCAAUUUCGGGUCGAAGUUGAAGGCGAACUUCAAAGUCAUAUAGAUCAAGAACGAGUGGUAAUCCGUAAAUGGGUUGAAAUCGAUGCCACAGCGUUGAUGAUGACUGGCAAUGUAGUUUGUUUUGCACACCAUGGUGGUGCAAAUUCGUUCAACGAGGCGUUAUGGUCCGGAGUGCCUCAGGUCAUCAUACCCAUGUGGUUAGAUUUAUACAAUUUCGCGCAGGUUGCUGAGAGCAUUGGGGUAGGCGUGUACGCUACCCGUGGAACGGCACCGGCAUGGACGACUGAGGGCUUAAGCGAAGCCUUUCUACGUGUUGUUGGAAAGAGUCAAGAGAGUAGAGCCAUCAGGAAUAAAGCUCACACUUUAGGCAGAGAAGCAAAGGAAAUAUCAGGCAGACAUACCGCAGCAAAACAAAUCUCUGAUAUGGCAUCGGUUGGCCAGGGUCAAUGA